AUGUCUGCUAGAGCAGAAGUUAAGGAAACAGUGGGACAUAUUUCCAAUGAUGGGAACUUCAACAUGGAUCAAGUACAAACCUCCAGAAGAGGUUGUUUUUCAGUUCGAUACAUGCUGGCCUUCAUUUUGCAACUCUGUAACUUUUCUGUUCACACCCAACACAUGAGCUUAAGCAUUGCCAUCCCAGCGAUGGUGAACACCACAGCCCCGCCCAGCAGCCCCAACACCUCUGCAGAAGGGCCUCCCACUGUUUCCACGGACAACUGGAAUGAAACUCAGCAAGAAAUGACGGCAAUAGCCCCAAUGUAUGACUGGAGUCCUGAAAUCCAGGGAAUCAUUCUCAGCGCCAUCAACUAUGGCUCGUUUUUGGCUCCCAUUCCCAGUGGCUACCUAUCUGGGAUAUUUGGAGCCAAGUAUGUGGUCGGAGCUGGCAUACUUAUUUCAUCAGUCCUGUCUUUAUUCACUCCACUGGCAGCUGAUACCGGGGUGGCCUUGCUCAUUGCCAUUCGGAUUGUCCAAGGAGUAGCAAAGGUUAGUGUAUCAACAGGUCAAUAUUCAAUUUGGAUCAAAUGGGCUCCCCCACUGGAAAGAAAUAAACUUGUCACCAUAGCAAACUCAGGUUUUUUUCUGGGUGGCUUCAUCGUUCUUCUCACUGGUGGUGUCCUUUGCCAGACUGUAGGAUGGCCUUAUGUCUUCUAUAUUUCUGGUGGAGUGGGCUGUUUCUGUUCUUUUAUCUGGUUUUCUCUUAUUUCUGAGAAACCCACAAACCAUCCAUUCAUCAGCACAGCUGAGAAGGAGUACAUCAAAUCUUCACUGGCUCAAGAGGAUGGCUCACCAGCAUGGUCAGUCCCCAUUAAGGCAAUGGUCAAAUCCAUACCACUUUGGGUCAUUUUAAUUUGUGUUUUCUGUGAAUUCUGGCAAUUUCAUAUCAUUGUAGCAUACUUACCAACAUACAUCUCUUCUGUACUUCAAACUGACUUCAAAUCUGUAGAAGGCAUGUAG